ACAACUUCAGUCACAUCGGCGCGCUCCGUGACUACACACGCUGGGAUCAUUGCCCUCCACACUUCAGCCUGCUGGACUCGAAGAAAUCUUUCAUCCAUUCGGAGACUGAAGAGUUCUGUGACCCGCAAUGCAUAGCAGAGCAGGCUUUCUAAGGUCCGGGCUGCGCCUGGUAUGCAGGCAGCAACAACGGCUCGCUAGUGUUUCCAGACAUAUUGUUAAGUCGCCCUUACCAGACGUCGAACUGCCGACCCUCUCUGUACCAGAAUACGUGUGGCAGCAUGUUGACCAAUGGCCCAAUAAAGUGGCCUUCGAAUGCGGUGUGACGGGUCGUCACUACAGGUACGCGGAGGCGCGCGAACUCUGUCGGCGGUUCGCGGCAUCUCUGCGCCGGGCCGGUCUGCAGCCCGGCCAUACACUCGUCAUUGUGAUGCCCAACACAGCAGAGUGGCCAAUCAUAUUACUGGGCUCUGUGGAGGCUGGAAUUGUUGUCUCUACUGCUAACCCAGACUGCACGGCUGAUGAACUGUCGCGGCAGUUAAGAGACUGCGAGCCCAAAGCAAUAGUGACACUGUCCACUGUACUCCCCAAGGUGCAGAAAGCCAUCGCACUGGCUGCCAGACAAGUGAAGCCUCUCACUGUCAUCGCACCGGGAAUUGAACCGGGGUCUCACAUUCCGACUGGGACUGUUGACUUCCGAGAGAUGAUUCGAGAUGGAAUUGAUACUUCAGACUUUCGAUUUACUGGGAACGCCGAAGACACGGCAGUUCUGCCGUACUCAAGCGGGACGACGGGGUUUCCCAAAGGUGUGAUGCUGAGCCACCGAAACAUAGUUUCAAACAUCGCACAGCACAACGAUUCGCCUGAGAUAAGUACCUGUGAGCCCGCCCUAGGUUCACAUCAGGAUGUCCUGCCUGCAAUUUUGCCCUUCUACCACGUCUAUGGCUUGAGCGUUAUGUUGCUGGCUAAAUUAGCCCAAGGUGUCAAGUUCGUGACGCUGCCCAGAUUCGAACCCAACUCCUUCUUCAAACUGCUAGACGAACAUCAGGCGACUGUACUGUAUUUAGCGCCUCCACUCGUUCUGCUCCUGGCUUCGCAUCCCGGUGUGAGGCCGAAGCACCUCCAAUCACUCCGCCACGUUAUGUCCGGGGCGGCGCCAUUGGGAAGUCUUGAUGUGGAGCGCUUUUUGAGGAGGACACCGCCAACAACUGACAUCCUCCAAGGGUACGGCAUGACAGAGGCCUCGCCCUUGAUCACACAUGGGAUCAUCGGCAGCACCGACUACGACUCCGCUGGCGUACCAGUUCCCAACACAGAGAUGAAGGUGGUGGACGCAGAGACCAGAACUGAUCUCCCUCAGGGGGAAAUGGGCGAGAUCUGCCUCCGGGGCCCGCAGGUGAUGAAAGGUUACUUAAACCGACCUGAGGCUACCGCUGAGAUGAUCGACAGUGAGGGCUGGUUACAUACAGGCGACCUGGGUUAUUACGACAAGGAGGGUCAUUUCUACGUCGUGGACAGACUGAAGGAACUCAUCAAGGUCAAGGGCUUCCAGGUAGCACCAGCGGAACUGGAGGAGAUUCUGCGCAGUCAUCCUGACAUUGACGACGCAGCAGUAAUUGGCGUCCCUGACGAGAGGGCGGGCGAGGUUCCAAGAGCUUUUGUUGUUCCUAAAAGAUCUCAAAUCUCCGAAGAAGAUGUGAAGAAAUACGUGGCAGAGAAAAUGUCAGAGUACAAGCAGCUGAAAGGGGGAGUGGAGUUCCUCGCCAGCGUCCCUAAGAGCCCUUCGGGCAAGAUCCUGCGAAGGAUGCUGAAAGGCCAAUAGCAAACGUGACCACCAUAACAGCGCCCCUAGGAUGAACGUAUUGAAAAUUCGGUUAAGUUAGAUAGGCUGAAUGUACAGAACCUUGGAAGAGCCCAGGAAUGUAAUCAAGAGGUAGAGUUUAUGACUUAUGAUAUGCCCUCUUCAUUGGUACGUUUGGUGUUCGAAAUUAAGAAAAGUAAAUGCCAGUUGGCCGGUCACGGUAGCCGAGCGGUCUAAGGCAUGCACUGUCUUCGCUCGCUCGGAAGCCGGGAUCGUGGGU